AUGUACGUUUACUGUCGACUUCGUGGCAGGCUCGCUCAUGAACGCUCGCUGGAGCUCUUGGAUGUGUUGUGCUCCCUUCUGAUUCACAAAGUCCUCCUGGCAAAUAGAAGCCACUGGGCCAAACAGAAAAGGCAGGACCAUGGCGGGAAGGACUGUCCUCCCCCUCGUGGCCGCCUCGGGGGCGGCACUCUCAGCCCCAAGAAGCCUCUGAGAUCCGAGGAGGUGCCGGGAGUGAGGUUGUCCACGCUGUUACGCUCUGGACCGCUGAUGGAGGAGUUUCUGACCAAAAGAAGCCGAUCAGCUGCCAUCCUGGCUGAUCAGCGACAUCGCAGCCCCUCCCCGCCACCAUUUACGCACCGGGACAACCGUGCGGUUACAAGGUGUGCGGUGCGAAGCCCCCUCGAGGGGCAGGACUCGGUGGGCGCAGCCUCUGCCUUUUACCCGCCGAGACCCAGGGGACCCGACGAGGGGGCGUCGCUGCGCCCCUGGCCGGGAGGUGGAGGGCAGGGGAGGCGCCGGCCCUCCGACGGCCAGAGCCGUCCGGGCCCGGCGAGGACGCCCCCGGUCCCGUUCGGCCCCACACCUGUCCGCCGUGUCCGUAAGAAAAGAGACAGCACCCAGGUCUCGCCGUGGACUCCAGCCAAACACAUGGACGUGAAGAAUAUAAGGCUCCGCGAACUCAGCCGGUCGCGGAGGGAAAGGAACCGGUACCCGUGCGGUCGUCAGGAGAGGCCCCGAGGCCAGGUCAGAGAUCUGCAGGAUAACGGUGUUUUGUGUAGUCUUCUCCUGGCCUUGACCCAGUCUCAGGUCCAGUGUGAUUCACCGUUCUCAUCUUUGCGUUUUCCCGAGGCUGUGGAACUGGCACCGUUUCUCGGCGGAGCAGGAGGCACUCUUUGUCUCCAGCCGAAAGAGUGGAGGGACGCGCUGUGGCGCUGUCUCUGUGGCGCAAUGGGCGGAGCCACCCGUCUUUCCCGGGAGAGCCGCGCCGGAUCCAAGCCUCCGACAACUGAAGAAGCCGUGGGCAAGCCGGGCGUCGGGCGAUUCCGAAGGAAGAAGUGCCGCCGAGCGUCCCCGCCGCAGAAGCAGCGCGCGGGAGAUGCCCCGGGCCUGAGCCGGGGUGGGGGGUGGGGGGCCGGAGGGAAGCUGAACUCCGGGUGGGCUCGUAACGGUUCUUUCUUUGCUCCGCCUUCACCUAGCCGUCUGCGCCGCCAGCGCUGCCUUGCUCCGAUCGGCCGCGGUCCGUGGGGCAAGAGCUGGAACCAGCUGGUGGGGAAGGUCGGUCCAAAGGUACAAACGCGAAGAGCCAGGAAAGCUGGCGAGGUGGAGACGAAGACAGCCAGACUUCCCAGAAAGAGCGUGCCAGAUCUGGGGAGAGUACAGCUACGCACCGGAAAGCAGGGCUCGCCCUCGCUGACUCCCCAGUUCCCGGAAGCCGCAGGAGCCUGGGGCUUUAGGUGCCUCUCAGACCCAGACCAUCCCGACGCCCAGGAGGAAGGACACAACCCCUUACGGGCUGCAGACACGCGCCUCAGUGGCCUUUUUCACGGCGCCGGCGGUCAGUGGGCUCGGCUCUCGGAAAUGAUCCAUGCUUUAAAGCCACCCGGAACCGAGGACCCGCCCUCCCCUCUGUUCCGAUGCGCCUAA